GCUCACAUCAUAUACGCGCAGCAGCUCGCGGCUCAGCAGGCUGUUCUAGCCGCCGCUCGGACUUCAGGGGCCGGGUUCAUGAGCAGGGGCCUCGGCUCUUCUGGGGCCGGACAUCCGUCCUGUGUCUCCAAUCAAAGCAGUUUGGACUCGGAACACGAGGAGGAACGGGGCCGAGACUCAGACGAUGAUGAUGGGAUGAUGGAGGGCGAUGAAGGCAGUGAGGAAGAAGACGGGUUGGAGUUCCUCAGGAAGCAGACGCUGGCGCUGCAGCAGAGAGCCGUUCGCUUCUCGGACCCCGGGGCCCCUGCAGACGCACAGAGAGCUCCGUCUCCCGCCGUCAGGGUCAAACAGGAGCCCGAGGACGAUCUCUCACCCGUCGGGCGACCCUCAGCAUCUUCUCCAAACGGUCAAGCGGACUGGAGCUACGAGGAUCACUUUAAAGUGAACGGUGGUGUAUCCUGGCCGGAUGAUGGGGAUGUUGCUCGUGGAAGAGGGGAAGCGUCCAGAGAUUUUGCCAAGUUAUAUGAGCUGGAUAACGACCCGCACAGGAAGGAGUUCCUGGACCACCUUUUCACCUUCAUGCAGAAACGAGGGACUCCGGUGAACAGGAUCCCCAUCAUGGCGAAGCAGGUUCUGGAUCUGUACAUGCUGUAUAAGCUGGUGACGGAGAAGGGUGGACUGGUGGAGGUCAUCAACAAGAAGAUCUGGAGAGAGAUCACCAAGGGUCUCAACCUGCCCACGUCCAUCACCAGCGCUGCAUUCACGCUCCGCACGCAGUAUAUGAAGUAUCUGUAUCCGUACGAGUGCGAGCGGAAAGCGUUGAGUUCUCCCAGCGAGCUGCAGGCCGCUAUCGACAGCAACCGGCGUGAAGGCCGUCGACCCAGUUACAGCAACAGCCUGUUCCACUUUAGCCCCUCCCCCGGCUCCGCCCCUCACCUCCUGACCCCGCCCAAGAUGCACCUGUCAGCGCUGGGGGCCAUGGGGGCCCUGAACGGACUGCAGGCAUCCCCGGGGCCAUCUCUGAAGAAGGGACUGGACGAUGCCGUCUCGUCUCUGCUGGCGGGCCGCUCGUCCUCCGUGGCGCUGGUGUUUGGGCAGCAGCAGGCGGCGGGUCUGGCGCGGGCCGCGACACUGGAGCAGCUCCGAGAGAAGCUGGAGACGGAGGCGCCGGAGAGGAAGAUGGUGCGUCUGGCCGAGGAGCAGCAGAGACUCAUGCAGCAGGCCUUCCAGCAAAACCUGCUCGCCAUGGCCUCGCAGAUCCCUGUCAACCUGCAGCUCGGAGCUCCAGCCCGGGAUGAGAAGCAGGAUCUGGCCGUGAGUAUUUCCUCCAGCGGAGCGGCGAGUGUCAGCGUGUCGGUGGAAGUCAACGGCAUCGUUUACUCAGGAACUCUGUUCGCUCAGAAGUCGGCGGCUGCAGCUGCGAGUGUGAAUGCUCCUCCAGCAGGACCCAGCUUCACCUUCUCUAGCCCCGCCCCCAGCCAAAGCCCCGCCUCUUCCUCCUCCUCCAAGGGGCGGAGCUCCCCGUAACCGUCUGCCGGUUGGCUCUCAAGUCACUGAUUGCUGAAAAUCAAACUGUUGCACAACCAGUACCUCAUUUUCUCCUGUCCGCAUGUUUGCAGCAUGGACACACAUGCAAAAAAUAACGUGGCUGGACCUCAUUCAUGAAUCACGAGACAGUCUUGUGUAAAAGUCACAAUCAAAUCAACGCAACAGUUAUGUAAUUUCGAUUGGAUUCAUGCAGAAGUUCAUACUCGUGUUUCGUGAACGAUGUCCGGCGUGUUGAAGAAAACGCUAAAUACGAUCAGAACGUUCAGCCAAACGAUGGGCAGGUUUUACAGAACUUGAAGAUUUUAUUUAGUGUGUUUUGAUCUGUCUUCUGAUUGUUUCGGGACUUUUUUUUUCCUCAUAAAGGUUCCUCGUGUUACAUUCAUACCUCAAACAUUCAGUGGCGGAACAUUACAGGAACGUCUUUUACCUCAGGGGCUGUAGUUUAGGCUUUCUCUGAAUACGUUUUAUUUUUUUGUAGAAUUGGUUUUAAUUCGUCAGGAUCAGAAACGCUGGCGGGGUUUUAGGACGGGGCCGCACUGAUUCUCUUCUAUGCAUCGGUGCUCGUUAGGGAAGACGAAUCUCGGAAUCUUGUCGGGUUCUGGGGAAUAAAUCUGCUGUUCGGAAUCACGUUCGUUUGAAGAUGUCAGGACCCAAGAACAACCGUCAGAUACCUCAGAAAGCAGCUGAAUGUCUCGUCUCUGGGGUCUGCUAAAACUAAUUCUUUCAGCUGGAU